AGCAAUAUAACUUUGUUGAAAGUAAAAGGUUAAAAGAAUCAUUUCUUGUCCCAUUGAUCACAUGCAAAUUUCUACUUCACACAACCACAAAUCCCGCACUCUCAGGUUGAGAAGUUGCUGUGGCCACUACCAAAAAUUUCCCAUCAUAAGAAGCUGAGCAAGAAUUCCAUGUUGACAUUGUAAACAAGUGAGCUGUUCGUAGUCACCACCAUUCUUGAAGUUUCUUGUAAGCUGUUCGUCUGUUUUAUAGUCCAGUCUACGUCUUGGAAGAUAAAGGAAUUGGUAUAACAUGGAGGCAAAAGUUUUGCAAGGCAUGCAAUCGUCAACAUGGAUAAUGCGGGGAAGGAUUGUGAUGAGGAAACAGGACAGUUCUUUACAGUUUUUCCAGAAAUCUGGGGAGCAAAAAUGGAGUGAGGUUCCUGCUUCUUGUUGUUUCCCGACUAGCAAACGAAGAUCACAUAGACUUGUAGUUCUGAGGGUCUCUUGUUCUUCCGGAAAUGUUCCAGCUUCAGUACUGGAGUCUGGUAGUCUUCCAACAUUGCUUGAUGAAUCUAAGAUUUUAAAGAAUAAAGCUGAAGAAAUGGAACCAUAUAUAAACGGCCGUUGCAUAUAUCUUGUUGGAAUGAUGGGCUCCGGAAAAACAACGGUGGGCAAGGUUUUAUCAGAUGCCUUAGGAUAUUCAUUUUGCGACUGCGAUACACUAAUAGAGCAGGCUGUUGGUGUAAGUACUGUGGCUGAAAUCUUCGAGCAAUAUGGUGAGGGCUUCUUUAGAGAUAACGAGACUGAGGUAUUGCAGAAGCUUUCUUCAAUGCAUCGACAUGUAGUUUCUACUGGUGGUGGUGCCGUCAUUCGGCCAAUCAAUUGGAGACACAUGCAAAAGGGUAUCAGCAUCUGGCUAGACGUACCUGUCGAAGUCUUAGCUCAGAGAAUUAUGGCCGUCGGAACCGAUUCUCGCCCCUUGUUGCAUCAAGAAUCUGGAGAUCCUUUUUCCAGGAUUAUGAAGCGAUUAUCUACUCUUCUCCAAGAGAGGGGCGAAGCGUAUGGCAAUGCCGAUGCAAGAGUUUCUCUAGAAAACAUUGCAUCAAAACUUGGACUCAAAGAUGUAUGCAAUGUCACGUCAACUGCAAUUUCAAUCGAGGUGCUCUCUCAAAUUGAGUAUUUCUUGAAGAAAUAAGGACAACCAUUACUCAAAAAAUUUUCAUUCCUUUUCAAGUUUGGGAAGAUCAGUGUUGUGUUUCAAUUUUUUAGUAGUGGAGCAUGGUUUGAAUAAUGUAAAUCAGAUUUAGCUAAACUAAACUAUUUAUAGAGCAAGUGUAAUACACAUUGGUCACUUUCCCUAAACUGCACACCAAUCACAAGGUAAGUAUAUUGUACUUAUCAUAUAAUUAGUUCAUAUUCGAUCAAAUUUGAUUUGGGUUAGAAUUUCUCAA